AUGGCUGCAACAUUCACUUCUCCAACACGCCCCCCCGUCCCUCGGCAGGCUCGAGGUGACCGGGCGCUUAAUACCAUAAUCGAAAACGGACCCGACGCCGCAGAUGUCUACGUGGGACAUGCGGGACACAGUGCCACGGCCAGACGACAGCACUCCUACGGGCACGGAUACGAGGACGGGUCCCAUCCCCUUCGACCAAGAGGGGAACUGCACGGCCGUCGCUCCUCCAGCACACGCAUGUCCUCGCCGUUGGCACCGCAUGGAGAUGGGAGUCGGCACUCGAUCGCCUCUUCUAACCGGGCCUCCUGCUCGACCGACUGCCGCGCGAAGCACCGUGACGGGUUUGAUGAUCUCUAUGAUGUGACUGACGAAUCCGACCCGGACAGCUGCCCGUCCCUGUCCAGCCAGGCAGAUACGAGGUCCAAUAGCUCCUUUACCGCCUCGGACCUGAGCAGUUCCAAAAGCGGCCAUCGGAAGAUGUUCCCCAGGCUAUCCAUUCCGCCGUCUGAGUACGAUUCGAAUAUCAAGCUGUCACACGUUCCGCCCACUCCGCCACCCAAGAUUCCGGUUUCUCCGGUGCUUCUGGCAAAGCUUCCUCGAAGAGUUCCUGCAAUUGCCGCGCCACCGUCUUUGGCGGGAAGUGCUAGUGGAGCAUCAGACAGGCCCUCGACCUUUAGUAGCCCGCAGACGCCAAAUCUGGCUGAAUUGCCGGAUGUAAACUGGGACGAGCAGCGGUUGCAGGUGCGUGACGACGGCGAGCUGGCGAACUUUUCGGAGACUUCCAGUGCCUCGAUGAGCCCACAGUUGGAUAUUCAGCUGGAGUCACCCGAGGAUUGGAGUGCCGUCGUGGGUAGCUUCCCACGCAUUCCCACUCAAGCUGUUCCCGAUCAACCCUCCUCUGAUUGCGAGUCCGACAAUGCGCCAUCCGUGGAGAGCAAUAAAGGCGUCCAGCUUCCCUCAGCUGCGAUGGCGACCCUUCAGCGUUUUGAGACGAACUCGGACCGUUUUCAGAGCUCGCCACCUUCAGAGACAGGACAGGUUGGUGAAAUGCAUGAGCUCCCAAACCCCAUGCGUCCGAGAAGCGCUGUCAUGCCUCCAUCAAUUUGCUCCGGAUCUUCAUUCACCUCUCUAAGCAUACCAUCACCCGGCGGAUUCUUCGCGUCGCUCAAGGGCCAAGCUCGGAAGACCUGGUGUUUUCCAAUCAAUGCCAAUACGCCCACUUCGGCUGUAGCGGAGAGAUUCUACAAUGUGCCCUGGGAUGCUCGAGAAGACACGAUUGUCGAGCAGGUAGUGGAAUGCGAGGACAAUGACACAGAAGGGCCUUCGACCGCAAAGGCGGUUGUAUCCGGCCCACCAACUGCGCGAAGAGUGCCGGUAAAACCACCAGAGGAAGCGAAACAAAGAGACGCUGAGGAUAGCGGUAACGAAUACGACGCAUCUUAUGCAGAAGCAAUAAAAUCCCAGGCGAUGUCAAACCUGGAUCGAACGACAGUCUGGCUGGUUACCCAGUCAGCAAGAACCAAGCCAGUUGCAUACCAUACUCCAUCAGUCAAUCUUCCGGAAACCAUCCCAACUGAGCCUCUGGAGCCUCCCAGCAAACCGCUGCCGGCCAGAGAGUCGACAUUCUACCUCGGGUUCAAACAUGUCCGACGAAACUCCCAAAGCACGGACAUUUUCCUCCAUAGCAAUUUCCGCUUUGAAGCCGUACAAGCGUCUCGCCUGAGUAUGCGCGCGAAACAUGUCGACCAUAUUGCCGGAAAAUAUGAGAUCAGUAGCCCCGUGCGCCCGCCGUACCGCGGUCCUUUUGCACAAGCACCACGCAAUUCCAAACUUCCCGAGGUGCUUCAAGAGAAAGCCAUGUUUUCGAAUGUGGAAAAGGAGCAAGAUGUAUUGAUACAGCUGCAUUCUUCCACGUGGGCGAUUGAAGCUCUGAAAUUUCUCAAUGGUGGGCCUCUAGUCCCAAGUCCUGCGGCGAAGCGACUGGCAAAAGCUACCCCCUUGAAUCAGCCAACAGGAGCCAAAAGGCGGCGGGCUAGAGUUUUAGAUUUUGGCGGCCAAACAGCAUGCGAAUGGGCAUGGCAUCUUGCGAAUGAGUACCCCAAUGCUAAGGUGUUUACCGUCGUCCCAAGGCAACAAGCUGUGAGUCCGGUGGACGGCCCUGCCAAUCAUCAACACCUGUCCGUGCCGUAUCUCUGGAGACUACCGUUCAAGGACAACCAAUUUGACCUGAUCUCAGCACGUUCUCUGCACAUGCUCCUGAAAUCAUCGCGGCCCGUUGGCGCCGAAGCAAUGGCCAACGAUGAAGUCGAUAUGUGCCUGAAAGAAUGCUUUCGCUGCCUGAAACCAGGUGGGUAUCUCGAAUUCUUCAUCAUGGACUCCGAGAUUGUCCGUGCUGGACCAUACGGCUCUGCGACGUCCGUCGAGUUUGGAUUCAACCUCAAAACUCGAGGCUACGAUCCUGCACCAACAAAGGCGUUUUUAUCAAGACUUCGCAAAGCAAACUUUGCGGACAUAAAACGGGCCUGGCUGUUUUUGCCCAUGGGUGCUCCGUACAAUGACGACGCUCAGGUACCCGGGAGAUUUUCGCCGUUGUCCCCGGAUACUACGGAGCUGGUGGGGAGUACAGGUGAUGUUGCCAGCAUCACGGGCCUUUUCGGUGGCUGGAUGUGGGAGCAGUGGAUGUUGCGGCUACAAUUGGAGAUGGGCCGUGACCGCGACAAGCUGCUUGAAGAAACGGCCGCGGUCAUAGAUGAAGGGAGAAACUUUUUCAAAACCCUCACAAACCACACUGUCAUCAUCGAGCUCAAGAACGAUAUCCGAAUCCGCGGCACCCUGAAGAGCGUCGAUCAAUACCUGAACGUCAAACUUGAUGAUAUCGAAGUCAUAGACCUUGACAAAUACCCGCAUCUUUCAAGCGUGAAGAACAUUUUUAUCCGAGGGAGUGUGGUGAGAUAUAUUGUUCUGCCGCAAGAGGCCGUGGACAGAGGGCUGUUGGAGGAUGCGACCAGAAGAGCGUGUUAUUGCGCGAUUGGACCCGUUCCGAAUACUGAUCGAAUUCCGCUGUCCGUUCCAUGUUCGGUGGACGGACCCCCCAUUUUUACGAUUCCAGGAGGAGUUGAUUAUGAUUCCGACCCGAUAGCACACGAUUAUCAUACCUGUUUCGUCGCGCGCAUCGAAAGCUCUGAAGGUGCCUAG